AAAGCCUGAACCCUCAAACACUACCACCCAAUAACAUUUACUGCAAAACCUUCGAUUAUUGAGCAGAUAUCUUCGACGCAAGGGCCAAAAAGUUAAUAUUUUUGAUCAAUUUCGACAUUAUGUGAAAUGAAUGUACACAGCGUUGCUGCUUCCACUGGUGAAUUUCUAAAUGAAGCAGAAUAGCAGCUCACUGAAACUACUGAUAACAACUGGGGAUACUAUAUUUGUAAGUUUGUUUUAUUCUUAUGGACUAAAGGGAACAUUACUUAACAUUACGAUUAUACGUUUCAAACGUGGCCAAAGUUGGAAUCUACUGGGUAAGGCAAGAGUAGCAAAUGUCGAGUUAACCAAGUGAUGUGAUCGAGUAAACAAAAAUGAACAUGUUUUUCAUGGCAAUGCGGUCCGAUUAGAAAUGUAGUUUUCGCCCCGACCAGUAGGUGGCGGUAGAGUUGCACGGUGCUGUUCAAAGAAAAGAAGAAGAACUGUUGAAACGAGGAGCUGUUUUUCCACAUUUUUCAAUUAGAAAGGGUCUUAAUUAAAAACCUCUGCAAAAUGAUGAGAGACGACAAACGUGAAUACAGCGGAAGACACCACUCGGAUGCUAGUACACUGGAUCGUGACGGGUGUGAAACUGCAAGCCAAGAUUUGGAAAGGGAUUAUGAUCAACACUCUGAUGACGAUAGGCACAGAGAGCAGAGAAAAAGAGACUAUGACAGAGACUAUGACACAAACCGUGGAAGAGGCCACGACAGAGAUGGGGAUCGUCAUAGAGAUCGUGAAAGGGACAGAGACAGAGAGAGAGCUCGAGGGAAAGACAGAUACAGUGACCGUUACAGAGAAAGAGACAGUCCAGAGACACAUCGGAGACAUCGAGUCAACGACAGAUCUGAUGAUGAAUACGAUGAGGAUUAUUCCGAGCAGGACUAUGGACGUGACCCGGAUGUGGAGAGCAGGAUAAUUCUUCUACAAGGCCUUCCAUCCCAUGUCACCGAGGAUGAUGUCCACUCAGCGCUUGCACAGCUUGAGGGUCCUCAGCCUGUGGAUGUUCGUUUGAUCAAAAGAGAAGGUAUAAGCAGAGGUUUCGCCUUCAUGGAGUUUUAUCACUUGCAAGACUCUACUCGCUGGAUGGAGACCAAUCAGAACAAGUUGGUGAUAAGAGGAAAGAGCGUCUCUGCACUGUACAGCAACCGGAAGCAAAAGCUUGACAACUGGCUUUGCAAUUCUUGUUGUCUGUACAACUUUCGGAAGAGGCAGAUGUGUUUCAGAUGUGGAGCUGCUAAAGCUGACGAUGAGUCAUCAGGUGUGACUGGCUCACAUGAGUCUCAGCGACCAGGAGGUUUUAGUAUCGACACAUUAAUACUCAGGAAUAUCGCACCUAAUUCCACGGUGAAUGGACUAUUAAACACCUUGGCUCCGUUUAGUAACUUGUCCUCCACCAACAUACGCCUGAUCAAAGACAAGAUGACGGGCCAGAACCGCGGGUUUGCCUUUGUUCAACUUUCAUCUCCUGCAGAAGCUUCUCAGCUGCUCGCUGUGCUCCAGAACCUGCAGCCACCUCUACAGCUGGAUGAAAAAAUACUGAGUGUGGAAUAUGCCAAGAGCUGCAGGAAGGAUUCCACGCCGAUCGAUGUGGCCAAACAUAACACCCGUACUGCCGCUAGCCUGGCCAUUGCCGCUGCUCAGUGGUCGUCCUGCCAGUUACAGCCAGUUGCUGCUACCUCUUACAACACUGCCUUAUCUGAACACGCGUUGCACACUCAGACUUAUGAAGCGUGGCAGCAGCAGCAGAGUAAAAGCACCGGAGAUGGACUGUUGGGAGCUUUUCCAGGCGCAGUGAUGCCUUCGACCGUAGGUGGGGUCAUCUCUCAGCCACCUCACCUGUUCAACAGCAACCCCAAUUACCAACAGCCACAUUUAGUGGCCAGGCCAGUGGUUUCAGCGCAACAAUCGUCAGGAUCACACCUGCCAUCAGCACCUGCCACUGUGACCCCUGCUGCCAACACCUCAGGUUUCCCGGACACCUCGAAAUACCAGUACGAUGAGAAAUCAGGUUACUAUUACGACCCACUGACUGGGUUUUUCUAUGACGCCAGCACUCAAUACUACUACAACCCUGGGACUCAAUGCUAUCUGUACUGGGAUAGUGAGAAGCAGAAUUACAUGCCUGUUCCGUCGAACACAAGUGCAGAUUCCAUCACUGCAUCAGCUGGCGCAGCCACGACCAGCUCAUCGGCUCCAGUAACUCCCAACCUCAAAGAGCCCAAGGGAAAGAAAGAAAAGCUGAAGAGCAAGUCGGCGCAGCAGAUUGCGAAGGACAUGGAGCGCUGGGCCAAAAACGUCAACAAGCGAAAAGAGAGCGUGAAGAUCAGCGAGCCGGCUGCUGACGAGUCCGAGCAGGACGACAGUAAAGAUGAUGCUGAUGCUGGCUUCUAUCUGUUGGAGAAAAAGAAUAUGGAGUAUUUUGAAACACCCUCAUCGGCGCCCGAGCCAUUCAGGGUCCCUGAGCAGGAGCCUUCAGGAAAGAGCUUACCACCUGAAGCUCACCACACGGAGCAUAAUCCAGAUGAAGGUGGGAAGGAGAGAUCAGCCGACCAUGAAGAGAAGAUGACUGACUGGAAGAACAUGGUCUGUCUCCUGUGUCGACGGCAGUUUCCCUCCAAAGACGCCCUGCUGCGUCACCAGCAGCUGUCCGACCUUCACAAGCAAAACCUGGAAAUUCAUCGGAAAUCAAUGCUGACUGAAGAAGAGCUGGAGGAAAUGGAGAAGAAAGAGCUUGAGCUCAAAUACAGAGACAGAGCAGCAGAACGAAGAGAGAAGUAUGGCAUUCCUGAGCCGCCUGUCUCGAAGAAGAAGAAGAAAUUCCACCAGCCUCAAGCCCCUGUGGUGAACUACGAACAGCCCACUAAAAACGGUCUAACCAGCGAUAACAUUGGGAACAAGAUGUUGCAAGCUAUGGGAUGGCAGGAAGGCACCGGGCUGGGGCGCCACCAGCAGGGCAUCACCACUCCCAUCGCUGCUUCAUUAAGGGUGAAGGGAACAGGCUUGGGGAUCAAAGGAAGCAACUAUGAACUUUCCGCCUCCGACUCGUACAAAGAUUCUGUCCGUAAAGCCAUGUUUGCACGAUUCUCUGACGUGUGAUGGAAGAGUGAUGAAGUUGGACAAGCUGAAAUGUGAGACAUCUUUCCAUGUUUCAAACCUGUCUGGGAUCUGUGUCAUAUGUAAAUUGAAAUUUCUAUUUUUAAUACAGGAAGGCGGAUUUUCUCUGUAACCAAUUGUUUUCUUCCCCCCUGAGUUAAGUAAUUAAAGCAGAAGAAUUAAACAUGUUUUUUUCUGA